ACAGACCACUCCCCUCCCGCCGCCCCUUUACUCACCCUCAAUCCCUGCCUGUCUUCUGUCCGGUGGUUUUUCCUCAGGUCUUUUGUCCUCACCCUCUGUCCUCAUCUCCUGUCCACCCCACUGCGUCUUUGGAUUUUUUUUUUUUUUUAUUCCCACGUCGUUUGUACGAUGGCUGACAAAGGUCGAGCUGUGGCCAGAAGAAAAGACAGGAAAGAGCCGGACGCGGCCGACAGGGCAAAAUCUGGAAAAGAAGAAGAGAACAUUCCGGAGAAGACGGAGAACAAUGAAGGUGCUCCAGCAGCUGAGGAACCUGCCGGUGGUGCGGUGGCCAAUGGUCAGAAUGGAGAGUUCAAGGUGGAACCAAUGGAACUACCUCCAUUUGAGAUCAUCCAGGGGGACAGAAUCGAUGCGUUCGCAUUUAAGUUCCAGUUCAAGAACGUGGAAUACUCCUCCGGACGUAACAAGACCUUCCUGUGUUACCUAGUGGACAAAGGCAAAGCCAGUGAUGGACUUCUGAGAGGUUAUCUGGAGGACGAACACAGUGGUGCUCACGCUGAAGAGGCCUUCUUCAUCCAGUGCCUGCCUGACUACGACCCUGCUCUCAAAUACACAAUAACCUGGUACGUCUCUUCUAGUCCCUGCUCUGCCUGCGCGGAAAAGAUCGCCGAGGUGCUGAAGGCCAGGAAAAACAUCAAGUUGAGCAUUUUUGCAGCGCGGCUCUUUGAGUGGGAAGAAGCGGAGAUCCAGGCCGGGAUGAAGAGCCUGAAUGCUGCCGGCUGCAAACUGAGGGUGAUGAAACCUUUGGACUUUUCCUACAUCUGGGACACGUUUGUGGAAAACGAGGACCAACCUCUGAACCUGUGGGAAGAUUGUAAAGACAACUAUGAAUAUUACCACGAGAAGCUGUCUGAGAUUCUUCAGUGAGCAGUGACAUAUACACAGAUCAACAAACCGGAGUUCGACGUCCGACGUUGGCCGUGAUCCGUUCACUGCCGCAGUUUCUCUAUGUGUAACAAUUUAUCUGGAACCUCCAUCGAACAGACGACACUUUCCCCAACAAACCGCAGACAUGAUUCUCCACACGUUUUUGCACAAACCGAUUUUGAGUUUCGAAGGAUUCCCUGUUUGAUGAGUGUGUUUACGUUCAUAUAAUAUAUGGAAUAUACAUGAACAUGAAGCCACUUUAAUUUGUUUACUGCGUUCUCCCUUUUUUCCUUCUCUCUCUCUGUCUCUCUCUGUCUCUCUCCAUCUCUUUCUCCUUGUGUGGUUGAGGCCAUGUUAGAUGUGUAUGUGUGCGUCGGCGUGCGUGUGUGUGUGUAUGUGAGUGACUGGUUGACUGAGUUAAAGUGACUGCACUUCAGUUUUUGUUUUUUUGUUUUGUUUUUUUUUUAAUCCUAAUUUGUCUCAGUCAACCUGUUCCACGACCAGAUUAAAUUAUUGUUGGAAAAAAAAAAAAAUCUCCCCGACAGUGGGUUGACGGCAGACGGUACAGACAUACAGUCAUUUUUGUUGCUUCACACUGACGAUGUCUGAACACCAAAGUGUCACGCCUGUUUUUUUUUUUAAAAACAUCUGUUCAAUAUUUGUGAAACCAAACUGUUGUGAUUCUCCUCAGACAGACAUGAAUAAAAGUGUUUGCCUGUGUC